AUGACCAGCGAAAAGGCGGCGCUCGUCGACGACGUUGAGGCCGGCGGCCGCGGCGGCGGCGACGCGACGUUCGGCAUGACGGUCAUCACGCUCAUGAAGAUCUGCGUCGGCACGGGCGUCCUCGCCGUGCCCCACGCCUUCUCCGGCGCGGGCGUCGUGCCGGGCUUCGGCAUGCUCUUCGCUUUAUUGUGCUGGAACGACUGGUCCGCGAACCGGCUGCUGGCCUGCCGCGACCUGCUGAGCGACGACGAGCGGCGCCGCUUCGAGGCGCCCGGCGGCGAGUCGCCGCUCGGAGCAUUGGCGCGCGUCGUCGCGGGCCCGCGCGUGGCGACGUCCGUGGAGGUCUGCCUCUGCGUCCUCAUGUUCGGCGUCGCGACGGCGUAUUUCGUGGCGCUGCACGAUUUCCUCGCGGCGACGCCGCUGGGGCCGGCGUUGGCGCGGGCGCCGCGGGGCGUCGACACGUUCGCGGCGGCGUGCCUCGCCCUGCCGCUGUCGCUCGUCGACGACAUCGGCGCGCUGGCCUACGCCGGCGCCGCGGGGCUCUGCGCGAUUUUUGUUUCCUUCGCGUGCAUCGUCACCUACGGCGUGGAAGAACGGACGGCCGUGGGCUGGGCGCAGGCGGACGGCUUCACGUGGAUGACGCCGACGUCCGUGUCCGCCCUGGCGAGCGGCUUCGGCGUGCUGGCCUUUUGCUUCGGCGUCGCGCCGCUGGCGCUGCAACUGGAGGCGUCGAUGGCGGAGCCGCGGCGGUUCGCGAGCGCCCAGCGGUACGCGUUGGGCGUCGCGUUCCUCGCCUACGCGGCGACGGGCGCGGGCGUGGCGCGUCUCUACGACGGCCUCCCCUGCGCGCCGGACGGCGUCGCGGGCAACGUGCUCGACGAUCUGCCGCGGGGCGCGCCGUGGACGACGGCGCCGUCGGCGGUGCGGGUCGCGAUGUCCGUGGUCUGCGUCUUCUCGGCGCCCAUCGGCGUCGUGAGCUCGGGCGAGAUCCUCGAGGCGGCGCUGCCGCCGCUGGCCCCGGGGCGGCGGCCCCUCUUCCUGCGGCGGCUGGCGGUCCGGGGCGGCGUGGCGUUCGGGGCCGCGACGGUCGCGGCGGCCGUGCCCGUCUUCGCGCUCAUCGUCGCCCUCGUCGGCUGCCUCGCCGUGUCCUUCCUGAGCUUUGUGUUGCCGCCCUACCUGCACCUCAAGCUCGCGCUGUCCCGGGAGCCGGCCGCGGUCGCGCUGGACGCGGCCGCGACGGUGCUCGGCGUCGUCGUCGUCGUCUUCACGACGUCCCUCACGGCCCUCACGACGGCCGCCGAGGUCGCGCGCGCCGCCGCGCCGCCGCCCGUGGUCCAGUCGGGGCACGUCUCCGUGCUGAUGGCCUCCUUCGAGGAAGACUCCGACCUCCAGGAGGAGUCGGACGACUACAGCUACGAGUCCGGGGAGGACGACAACGCCUCCGACUCGGAGGCGGAGACGUCGCCGCCGCAGCAGCCCUACCCGGUGUCCUUGUCGGAAGAGGAGGUCGCGUCGGAGGCGCGCCGCCGCGCGACGGCCGUGCAGCGCGCCCUCGGCUGCUCGGCCUUCGCGGCGCGCGUCGCGCUGCGCCUCGGCCGCUGGCAGCACGCCGCGGCCGUCCGCGACGCCGCGGCGCCGGACGCGGCGGCCGCGGACGACGGGAACUCGUGCGCCGUCUGCUACGGCGACGGCCUCGCGCUCGUCGCCAACGAGCGCUGCGGCCACGGCUUCUGCGGCGACUGCUGGCGCGGCUUCCUCGCCGUGGCGCCGGGCCUCGACGCCGGCUGCCCGUCCGCGGGCUGCGGUCGGCUGCCGUCCGACGCCGUCGUCGCGCGCGUCUUCGGCGCGGAUUCCCCGGAGGCGGCGCGGCGCGCGGCGCUCUGGGCGAACUCGCUCGUCGACGACGGGGCCGACGCGCGCUGGUGCCCGCGGGGCUGCGGCCGCGCCGUGCUCUUCGACGCGUCGGGCGACGCCGCGCGGUGCGCGGAAGCGCGGUGCGACUGCGACGACUCCAACCGCUUCUGCGGCCGCUGCGGCCUCGACGCCCACGCGCCGGCGACCUGCGAGGACGCCGUCACGUGGGUGCGCAAGCGCGAGGAGGACGCGACCGUCGCCGCGGACGCCGCGGUCGCGGCCAAAGUAAAACGAUGCCCGAACCCGGCGUGCGGCUGCGCCGUCGAGAAGAACGGCGGCUGCAACUACAUGCGCUGCGCGUCCUGCCGCGAGUUCUGGUGCUGGCACUGCGGCGCCUGGGGCGGCGGGCCGAGCCGCCGCGACCCGCCGCACCACCUCUUCUUCUGCAACGACCCCGCGACGUCCUUCGCGACGCUGGAGGACGACGGCCGCUACGCGUUCUACUCGGAGCGGAGCGCGGCCCACGGCGCCUCGCGCGCCUUCGCAACGACGCAGCUCGAGAAGUCCCACAAGCUGGCGAAAAAAAUCGCCGCCGGGUCCGCGGACCCGGACGCGAGCUUCCUGCCGAACGCCGUGGCGCUCGUCGUCCGCUGCCGCGCGACGCUCGAGUGGUCCUACUGCUUCGCCUACUACGAGCGCGACGACGACAAGCGCCGGCUCUUCGCCUUCGCGCAGAAGCAGCUCGAGACCUUCACGGAGGAGCUCAGCGGCCUGACGGAGCAGAAGGCCGCGGACGUCGCGGACGCGCGGCGCCGCAUCGUCUUCCUCGCGGCCGCGCUGACCAAGUACCGCGCGAACAUCGCCGACUGGGGCGCGUAA